AUGUCCCCUUCAGCUCUCGCUGUUAACGCCGCGGGUGUAAAAGCAAAGAGGCGGAGAACAAGUCCUCAAGAUCACGCCAUCCUCGAAGCCGCGUACCAAAAGAACUCCAAACCCGACAAGGUGCAGCGAGCCCAGAUAGUCAGUCAGGUCUCCCUCGGUGAGAAAGAGGUUCAAAUCUGGUUCCAAAACAGACGUCAGAACGACCGCAGGCGCUCGAAGCCAUUGGAGCCACAUGAACUAGUUGCCCAUCUACGCAACAACACCGCCAGCCCUACUCUUGUUCAGGGAAGCUCAUCUCCUGGUCCCGAAGACUCCACGCUAUCUCAUUCCCAUCCAAACGCAUCACUUGCACCUGCCGAAUCCAUCAACCGACCAGCUUCACGGGCAUCCAGCAUUCAUGACCUCCUCAACCCAGCCCGUGUCGACGAAGGGAGCCCCAACAACAGUACACAGGAGACAGCGGACGACCAUACAUUCCCGUCUACCCUUGAGACGACUUCAACACAAGCCACCAAGGAUAUGACUGCAAUUGGAGCUCAAAAGGAUGUGUCAAAGGAUGUCGGCAGUCUGUCUGAAAGUAGCGGUGGGCUUGGGAGCGCGAGAAAGAGAAAUCACGACGAGAUGGCAGGUCUGAAGUCUCCCAGCUCCGAUCUAAGGGGACAGAGCCCGAGUGGACAAACGAGCCAAUCAAAGGAGCCUCUUGCCAGAACGUCCAGUUUCGUGCGGUUGGCCAUGACUGUAGAUGGUGCAGUCAAAGUCAGAACAAGACAGGAAGAUACGCCGUCUCCUGAAAAGCCUCGUCCUUCACCCCCAGUGGCACAGGUUAGAGCAAGCACACCGAUGAGUCGCAGCAAAAGUGUCCUCAGCGUCGUGGAUGUAUACCGUGACGGCAGCCAUGGUACAGGAUCAAGAGCUGUGGGAUCAGGUUUUGGCCGGUCCCGCGAUGCGCGAACGUGGGAGUUCUACUGUGACAGCAAUACUAAAGACGCUCUUUCGACCCAGGCUGAAGCUGAGACCGCUGGAUCUGCUGUCAGCGCCAUCAACCUUAUUCGGUCCAACAGCUUCAAGUCGCGUGUCCAAGCUCUCAGUCCUUCAUUGUCAAAGAUUAACGCUCGUUUAACAUCUUCCAAGAAUAACAAACCCAAAUUAUCGCGAGCAAAGUCGUCACUGGGACGUCUGCAAGGCCUCAAAUCCACGGCAGAGCCGGUUGAUGAGAAAGACAAAGCUCAACAAGGCCACGUCAGAUCGCCAUCUGGGGAUUCGGACAAGGAGAACUGGGCGCCUGGAACCAGACUGUCGGAGCAUGCUCUGCGCAGGACCCAGCCCAGUGGGCGGCAGCGUCCGGUUUUGCAGGAGAACGAGGAGAUGACGUUCCCAGACGCAAGCUCUUCGCAAAAGAGACGUAAUGAAGAAGCCGAUCGCCGACUGUCGCCAACCAAGGAAAAGGCCAAAGGUGAAGAAAUGGACUGUGUUCAAGGCUUGCUAUCGCUCAGUCAGGGCGCUUGGACAAUGAAGUAA